CCUGCUUAUAGCCUCGUCUCCAGUCGUUGUCGCCAUCAAUCUCAUUCCCGUGGUGAUAUACGGGUAAUAUGAUUUGCUUACACGAGGAGGCGAAGUGUGAGCGCGUGCGUGAACGCGCUAUGUGAUUCAAUGAUGGACAAAGCACCGCCUACCAAGAGCGAAAUAGCGGCUGUGGUUGGAUUGAGAUAAAAUAGCCCAUCAACCAGUGGUACUUCUACUUCCGACGGAAGCAUGCACGCCCGCGCAUGCCCAGGCUUAUAAAGGCAGUGCGUGCGCCGCUCAACCUUCAGUUGGUGACUGGCACUCGUUGGCCGAUACUCGACAGACAGAAGAAGAAAGAUACCCUUGGUGAAUUCACAGCUCAGUGCGCGAAACAAAAAAAAACAUUGCAAUUAGACGGCGAGGUAAUCUGGACGACCAAAAAAAGACCUGCAAGGACACAUUCUUGAUUGUCUACUUUUGAGAAGUCCGAGAAGGACAACUUGUAGGAAAGCGAGAAGAGUAUACUGCAAAGAGAUAAGGCGAUUGAGACCAUGAACAUGAAACUGGACAGUAUGUUGGUAGUCAGUGGCAUGGUUUGGCUAGUUCUACUAGUAACCAUCUUAACAGGUGUCAGUGCUAAACCCUUUGAUGGCGGGGAAACGGAGCUGCAGCCCAGGAGGCCCUACCACAAUCGGGACUGGUUCCGCCUCCGUUACUCCAGGACUGUGCCAGAUUUUGUACUGGGCGCCCUGGAUCAGCUACACCACCGCGAAAAGAGAUUCCCCAGAGUGCCGAUGGGAACGCAGUGUACCUCCGACAGCCAAUGUCCGCGUCCUGACCACUGUUGCGCCAUGAAGCUCGGCAAGGCGGUCUGCAUGCCCCGACUGACCAGGGGACGGACCUGCAUGAUCAACGGCCCUCAAGCCUACUCCACCAAUAUCCUCUUCACUCAGUGCCCUUGCAGCAGCUUACAGGGAUUAUCGUGCCAACGCAUGGGCCAAGGUAACCGGGGCGUCUGCAGCUCAAGCUAAACCAGAGCGCCGCUAGGCUUGAAGACUUGAAAAGUCCAGCUGUACUGAUCAACAAUAUCAACAACAACAACAACAAAACAAAAAUAUAAAUAAACAAGUCGACUUCGAACUGCAGCUGUAAUCGGAAGCUGAAACGAGCUUCUCCCAGUCCCACGGCCCGUGGAUUCUGGGGUGCGUUUCCACCUGGUGACAUUUUUGUAAAUUAAACGCAAAAAAACUUAUAGAAUUCAGCCUGUACAUUUUGAUAUAGCUCUGCACUGCACGCACCUCCCUCCAGGCAAUCAACGCACCGCAAUGCACAGCACGAAACACGUCUAGAGAUGAAUAACAAAAACAGAACAAUGAAAACGACUGGAAUUCCUUUUAAAAAAUCUACGCUAGUCCUUCUAUUAUCGUAUAAACUCGAUGCUCAAUGUGUGUUUGUUUGCGGCAACACCAACCUUGACAUGGGAACUUCUCCGGUAUAUCCCCGAGUUGUCUUUUCAACUCAAUAGACUGACAUUAAUCUGCCCGGGAAUUUUUCCGGAAAAAAAACAAGAGUCAAACCAAGGAAAGAAUUGACUGGUCAAGACGGGGCAAAUUGAAGACUUCGAGUGGGUUUACUGCGGUCGCUGAUCAAGCAAAGGAGUAACUUAUCCUUGGCCUUCACAGCUCGCCAUCGUCAUAGUGAGUACCCGGUCCAUUCAGUCGCAGCAAACACUUUUCAAACCCUUCAAACAAACACAAAAGCUUGCGACCGGUGAUAGCGGAGAAACGAUAUGCCUCUCCACCCAACGUCCACCCACUUCAGCGGCCACUUGGGCAGGCAUCUACCGCGACAAUGCUGCAGAUUUUGACUGACUAUUCAUCAAAUGUUGUGUUGUCAGUGAGACUUAAUUUGUUUUAAAUGCGGGUAUUCUUCUCACAGCGGGGAGAAAAAUAAAAGACAACAAUCCCGCGUAUUCUUUUGUCAUUCUGAGCUUUCAAAUAAAAUCACAUGACUAAUGUAUUCUUAUUUACAUAGAGAUUACAAAUUUAUUUUCCUGGGUUUUUUUGCCGGCCUCGUCUUGUGAGUAGUUAGAGUUUGUGAAAGAGGCUGAGUAGCUCAAAGAUAUAUCAGGCCACUUGGUGAAUUAGCCACGGUGCUUGUUUGUACAUGUGUCUCUCCACCAGAACAAAAUAGUACCCUUUUUGAAGUCUUUCUGUGUAAGAAUGUGUAUUUAAGGAGCGUUCAGCAAAACAAGAACACCUGAGAUGUGAUUUUCUAUCUAUACUGAGCGUUCCUGGGACCUUUUUCAAACAUUAUUAUUUUUUCCACGGUCUGGUCUUUCACCUAAAAACGAUUCCCCCAAAUGUUGUUAGUUUCAGAAUCGCACGUAUAUUUUCAAAGCCACUUUUAAUGAUACUAGCCCAGAUGACACUCAGACUUGCUCGGAAAGAGAAAAGUAUACCAACCCUAAAAGUAAUAACAGCACUGUAAUCAGUGUCAGUAUAUAUUGCUAUUUUGUAUUAUUUAUUUUGAGAACUUUACUGGUACUUGCCUUUUUGGUUGUGAAGCUGCAUGCGGCUUUUUUUUUUUUUUGGUUAAAGACGAGUUUACAAGGAAACGAUUGCCUUGCUAUUCAGAAUUUCUGGCGGGAAAUAUAAAUAUAUUAUUAUUUAAAAAACCGAAUGUAUAUAAAUGACUACUGUACAUAAAAUGUACUGAGACGAAGAUGUACUCUAUAUCGACAAUGUAAAUGUGACUGAUAUAGCUUAUUGGAUUAGAUUUAAACUGCUUGAAAAUGAUUUCCGUUUCCCAAUAGCUAUAACUCCCCACCAGCACGUGCCACAGUGUUGCUAUAUAGAGACCGCAGAUUAUAAUUGUGCAGAAAAGAUAUCUAUUUUGAAAAUACGAAUACAGAAUGUCAAAGGAUAAAUGACGUAUUGGUUAUUCGAUAAUUAAAAUUAGAAAGCUGUGAUGCUUGACAUGGGCUUGGUGAUAAUACCCAACAAAACUAUAUGAAAUAGUUCAUUUAUUUGAAGACAAAAAAUGUUUUAAGCAAUCUUACAUAGUGGUGGUAUGAUUCGGUAUGAUUAGGUAUACAUGCAGGCUGGAUAUGAAAUCAGGUGUUCACAAGUCAAAUCUUUUGAAUAGGCGUUACACACUCAUUCACAAUCUAUCCCUCGUAUACGAGAGACGCAUUCGACUGCCUUCAUAAUAAUUUUUACGAGAUAUAGCCGUUAUGAAGUGAUGUAUCGCACGCGCAGUUUUGGCCUUGUGCGUGUUGGCUCAAGACUAUAGUGGAUAACGAUUUUCUUCCCAGCAUGCAUGCUGUUGCUGAUUGGAGGUACGGAACCGCUUAUACACACAGACACGCGCACCCAUUCUGCAACGACACAAUCUCAAGCUGCCUAUAAUCUAUCGCACUCUCUCAUUGCAAUCACUAAUGAAAUGUGAGAGAGUUUGUUGUCAGUAAACAGCUGGAGAAAUGAAGGUUGCAGAACGAUUACUUUUCGGUUUUCCUUUCGGAAAGAUUUUUACUGAUGAUUUUUUCAUGCGACGUGAUUUUGUUUGUUGGCAAAAGUGCCAGUACUUCAAACAUGUCAAUUGUUAACAAGGCGAAUUAAUUGACAAAGGAACCAUUUUUGUAAGCAUGGGGGAAAAAUCGGUGUCAUGGUUUUAAAAAUUGAAGAGUUAGUGCCGGUGUCAUAUGGAAAUCGGACUCCUGUGAAUUGGUUAAACCCUCUCACGUGACCGGUCACUCCCCUUAUUAUCUUCACUUGGGCAUGCGCAAUACUACCAAUGAGUCCGUAUUUCAUAUAGUCCUAAAUUCACGCUACACCGGUGUCUGAUAACUUUGAGUAUCAUGAUAGGUUGGAUUUGCUCCUUGUCCUUGCGUUUACCUCAAAAAUGCUUUGAAAGGUCCGAAAGAAAACAAAUACUGUAUGCGGAUCAUCCAAUCGAAGAAACUCACUGUAUGUACCUUAUCCUUCCCACUUAGUCGCCUGCUGUGUGUGUAUCUGGCUCGGUCCCGAAUUAUUGAGCAGUAUGCGCUUAUCCGUACUGGGCUGCAUUGCAUACAAGAUGUGUAUAAAUUGUUGAGAUUUUUUUUUCGAAUGUGUGUUCAUAGCUCUAAUUUAUGUUGUGUAAAAAGUUUAUGAUCUUGGUGAUAAAUUUAUUGAUUCUUUAAAUUAUUCGCAAGACGAGCUUUAGAUGUAUUCAAGUUGAUGUCGGUGGAAACGAAUAAAGGCGAAAAAAGACCAUGAGAUGAAAAUUA